AUGCUCUACGCGAACAUCACCACCGCAGCGCUCUGCGCUAUAGCGACUGCCAGCAAUGUGCCUGCUCCUUAUCAGAUUUCCGUCGACCCCAAGCUUAUUGCAGAGGCGGCUACCAAAGCCAAGCUCUACAGGCCAUCCAUCGGCUUAGAAGACCGCACGAGUGAUACCUGGCGGGAAGGACCACCAGUCGAGAAUAUGACAGCGCUCGCUCGGUACUGGGCGGACGAAUACGACUGGCUUGAGCGAUCUACCCAAAGGCCCAAUGCGAUUCCUCUGUUGAUGCUCCACGGUUGGCCGUCCACGCAUACCGAGUGGAGCGCUGUCCUGAAGCCCCUUACAUCGCCCAAAGACAGCUCCUCGCCGGCUUUCCAUGUGGUAACACCCGACCUUCCCGGGUUUGGUUUCAGCCCGGCUCCGACGCGCGCAGGAUUCGGCCCUCGCCAGGCUGCCGCCGCCUUUGCCGACCUAAUGAAGACGCUGGGGUACGAAAAGUAUGGAGUCGUCUCUACGGAUCUUGGGUGGUGGGUCGGAAUGUUCAUGGCUGGCGACCAUGCAGAGCACCUCGUCGGCCACUUUACCGACUUCUUCUCUGUUUCGCCCACGCCUGCUGAUCUUGAGCGGUACAGCAGCAACCAGACUGAUGCGGCCGAGAACGAGUAUAUUGGCGGACUCUCUGCAUUCAGUGCCGGGUUUGGAGCAUACAUGACCAUGCAGAGCCAGGGCCCGUUGAAGCUUAGCCAGGCGCUUAACGACAGCCCCGUUGGUUAUGCGGGAUGGAUCUGGCCCAUGAUUCAUGCUAUAAGCGAUGGGUAUCCUUACACGCUGAAGCAAAUCGUUACGAGAACCCUCCUGUUGUGGGUCGGCGAUGUGUAUGGAAACGUCAGGGCCUAUUUGGAGUGGCUGAAGCCCGAGGCCAGUAAUUUCCCCGAAUCGGAUGUGCCGACAGGUGUCGCCCAGUGGGGUGCAACGGGCCCGUUCAAUGAGAUUGCCGGCUCGGUCCACACGCCCCGUAGUUGGAUCGAGAGACAGAGCAACGUGACUUUCUUCAUUGCUCGCGACUUUGGAGGGCACUUCGCCGUGGAGCACUACCCCGACCUUUAUGCACAGGACCUGAGGGAGUUCUUUGGUCAACUGACCGCAUAG